AUGGAGACCUCAGUUGCUCCCAUUACACAAACAUUACCAUCAUUUACUAAGACCCUUCCAGUGACCACAACGUCCUCUUUAUUCUCAACCAGUUCUGUUGUUUGUUGUUUUGUCAAUGGCACACAUUUUCAAUCAGGUGAUAUCAUUUACAAUGUUACUGAUGGCUCUGGUUGGUGUUUCACUGCAUACUGUAAUGCAUCUUGUCAUAUUGUGAAGAUUUCAACAUCAUGUGAAACCUCCCCAUCACCAUCCAUUCCUCCUGAAACAACCACAUAUUCCAGUUCAACAACCAUAAGUUCCACAGAAACAACACAGCCUGCCACAACUAAUACAGACACAGAAGUAACAACUACAACCUAUGGGCCUAAGUGUGAUGCACUUGAUCCACCAAGACAGCCCAAUGAUACUUGGCAGAGAGGAUGUCAAAUGUGUGAGUGUGAGAGUGAAACACUGACCGUCCGUUGCCAGCCUGUAACUUGUCCUGUUUCACCACCUGUUACUUGCGAUCAGCCUGGUCAAGUGCUUGUGAACACAACAAUUGACUGCUGUGAGAUCCAUGAGUGCAGUUGUGAUGUGAACCUGUGCCCUAUUCCGACAAUACAAUGUCCACUGGGUUUUAUACCAUCCUUCAGCGUGUCUCCAGAUAACUGCUGUCCAGAUUAUAUUUGCUCACCCAUGGAAGUCUGUGUCCAUAAUACCACAGUGUAUCAGCCUGGCUCAACUAUACCAAGCGAUGACCCUUGUACGCUUUGUCAGUGUGGUUGGAACGUAGAUCCUGAAACAGAACUUUUUGCUCCAGAGUGUGUGAUAGCUGACUGCAACGAUAACUGUCCAGAGGGUCACGAGUACCAACUCAUUCCUGGUCAGUGCUGUGGAGAGUGUGUUAGCACCGAUUGUGUGGUUAUGCAUGACAACAUCACAGUUACCGUUUCAGUUGACCAGAUAUGGCAACCAUCUAAUGACAAAUGUGUGAAAUACAAGUGUGAGAGAGUCAACGGUAACUCAGUGACAGUUGAGAUUAAGACCACUUGCCCUGCCUUCAAUCCUGAGAAUUGUAUCCCUGGAACAGAGACAAUAGAUGCAGAUGGCUGCUGUCAAACCUGUACACUGGACAACAAAUGUAAUGUCCAGAAGAACAGCACCUUCAUGGCCAGUAAUGGCUGUAUAAGCAGCACACCUGUGGAAAUAACCUCUUGCUCAGGCUUCUGUGAGACCUCAUCAAUAUACUCUGCAGAAGCGAACGCUCUUGUGCACUCAUGCUCGUGCUGUCAAGAAAUGACAACCACCAAGAAGGAAGCGACCCUGACUUGCCCUGAUGGGUCAAAUAUCAGCCACACUUACAUUUACAUUGAGUCUUGUGGCUGCAAGGCCUCCGACUGCUCUGGUCAAUCGACUUCCUUAAGGAGACGCCGAAGGAGACUGUAAACCUGCGUUCUUAACC